CCGGCGUGUUUGCGCUUAUAACCAAUUUAUUACCGCUGAACAUAUGGCCAGUAUUUCGCCUGGCGUCACCCGCCGGGGAGGAAAGCAAACAGACCGGGCGAUGUAAAGCCGGAGGAAGGAGCGGCCGCCCUGCACUCGGCGGAGACAAUGCGAGAGGCGCGGAGCCGCCGCCGCCGCCGCCGCCGCCCUCAGCCCCCCCCCGCCUAGGGACCCCCCAGGUUCAUGUGUGGGGACCAGCCUUAUAUGGACUGUUCGCUCCAGCAAUGGCUCGGGUUUUUCAAGCGGCAGGCACGGGUUCGGGGUGUUUAAGCAAGAUCCAGAAGUGAUCUUUUUUUUUUUUUUCCUUUUUUUUUUUUUUUUUUUUUUUUUUUUUGGCGUGUCUUUCCCCCUUUCCCCUGGAGUUACAAACUAUUUCCGAAGCCAGCUGCUGCUCCCGCUCUCUGAAUUUCCCCCGUGGCAGAACAAGCCCGUAGAAACCACCACCGCAGAGAUCCACCGCUGCGGCCGGGGCUCCGCUCCUUCUUUUGCACAAACCCCUCCGGUUUACUUUUUCUAGAAAUCUAUAGUAUUCUAUUUCUUUUUUUAAUUUUUUUUUUUCCCUCCUCCACGCGUGCCGCCGCCCCGCAGCCUCCUCCCCCGGCUGCCGGGUGUCGUUGUCGCCGGCUCCGCGUGUGCGCCCGUGACACGGCGGAUCGGCGAAGCUGCUCCUCCAACUUUCCUGCCCGAAAUUUGGCCGGAACAUGUCUCUGACCAACACAAAGACGGGUUUUUCGGUGAAGGACAUUUUGGACCUCCCCGAUACCAACGAUGAGGACGGCUCCGCCGCGGAGGGCGGCGAGGAGGAGAGCGAAGCGCCGGAGCCGCCCAAGAAAACGGGAGUUUUGGGACAAACCCCCUUGGACACUGUUCAGACGCUGCCUUUGAAGAGCCCUUUCUAUGAUAAUAGCGAUAAUCCCUACACGCGCUGGCUGGCGAGCGCCGAGGGCAUCCAAUACUCCCUGCACGGGCUGACGGCCGGCGGGGGCGGCCAGGACCCCUCGGCCAAAUCACCGGAGCCGUCGGCCGACGAGUCGCCCGACAACGAGAAGGAGACGGCGGGCGGAGGGGACGCGGGGAAGAAGAGGAAGAGGAGGGUGCUCUUCUCCAAGGCUCAGACCUACGAGCUGGAGCGGCGGUUCCGGCAGCAGCGGUACCUGUCGGCGCCGGAGCGGGAGCACCUGGCCAGCCUGAUCCGCCUCACCCCCACCCAGGUGAAGAUCUGGUUCCAAAACCACCGCUACAAGAUGAAGAGGGCCCGGGCCGAGAAAGGUAUGGAAGUGACUCCUCUCCCCUCCCCGCGGCGGGUGGCCGUGCCGGUCUUAGUCAGGGACGGCAAGCCCUGCCACACGCUCAAAGCUCAGGACUUGGCAGCCGCGACUUUCCAGACGGGAAUCCCCUUCUCCGCCUAUAGCGCCCAGUCUCUACAGCAUAUGCAAUACAACGCCCAGUACAGCGCUACCAGCAACCCCCAGUACCCCACAGCACACCAUUUGGUACAAGCUCAGCAAUGGACUUGGUGAACGCUGGAGGGGAGCGCGCACACACGCACACACUGCCCACACACACACACACACACACGCACAGAAAAAAAAAAAAAAAAAAAAGAGGAAAAACAAAAAUAAUAAAGAGAGCGAGAGAAAGAGACAGACUGAUGCUCCAAAAAUAAAAUCAAAACUGCGGGGGAAGGAAUGGAGAG